AUGAAUGGUGUGGGAAGAUGUAUAUACAGAUCUUUAAAUAGAUCUGUUUCAUUGGUAGAUCUACCAAAGAAUAAUCUAUCAAGUAUAUCUAGUUUUGAAAGAUAUAAAACAUCAACUAUACAAUCAAAUAUUAGAUCAUAUCAUUUAUAUAAUAAUAACAAUAACAAUCACAUUAGUAGUAGUAGUAAUAUAAGUAGAAAUAGAUAUUAUUCAUCAUCACAACCAAUCAAUAAUGAUACUGAUAAUAAUAGUGAUAAUAAAGAACAAGUAAAACCUGUUGUACAUAGUGAUAAAGUAGUAUUUCAAAGAGCGAAACUAAAGGUGAAUAGUAAUCCACUGAUUGCAAUCAUCGGUAAACCAAAUGUUGGAAAAUCAACGUUGUUCAAUAGGGUGGUACAGGGUGGUAGACAAGCACUGGUAGAGAACAUACCGGGUACCACUAGAGAUCGAUACUAUAGCGAUGCAUUUCUAUAUGGUAGACAAUUCCAAUUGGUGGAUACCGGUGGUCUCGUCGGGGAAGCACUGGCACACACCGACCGAUUCUCAACGGCUAUCAAGGAGCAAGCAACCGUUGCAAUGGACGAAGCCGAUGCAAUCAUAUUCCUGUUGGAUGCGAAAACUGGCAUUACCUCGGUCGAUAAGGAACUGGCGAGAAUGUUGAGAAACCGUGCGUCGAAAGGUCAGAAAGUUUUCUUGGGAAUCAAUAAAGCGGAUAACGAUCAGCUGAUUGACAAACUGCCGAGAGAUGAAUUGGUGCGUCUUGGAUUUGGUGAACCCUAUGCAUUCUCUGCUAUUCACGGUGGUGGAGUGUUGGGAUUGUUUGACUCGGUGUUGAAGAGUUUACCGUUGCCAAAGGACAAUGAACUGCUUGGCGAUCCACAACAGAACACCUCAAUAAAGAUAUCGAUUGUCGGUCAACCCAAUGCUGGAAAAUCGAGUCUGCUGAAUCAGAUCAUCGGGGAGGAGCGUGCCAUUGUAUCGGAUGUCGCUGGAACCACUCAUGACCCGGUGGAUUGUCAGUUCUUGUGGCGAGAGAAUCACGAUUUGACGUUGAUUGACACCGCUGGAAUCAGAAGAAGAUCGACACACAAAGUUGGAUUGGAAAAGUCGUCGGUUCUCUGGGCGAUGAAGGCAAUUGAGAGAUCGCAAGUGGUGUUGAUGGUCAUCGAUGCAACAGUUGGAAUAACAGAUCAGGAUCUAAAAAUUGCUGGAUUUAUUUUGGAGAAUAACAAGAGUGUCAUGAUCUUGGUCAAUAAAUGGGAUCUCUACACUCAGAACAAGAAGAAAGCAGCCAAGAUCGCAGAGAAAAAGAUGUUUCAAGAUAAUCAAGAGAAGUUUAAAUCAAAUGUAUCACUUUUAAGCGAUAUUCUUAAUGAUUAUGCUGAAGAUAAUGAUAAUAAAAAUAGUAGUAAUAAUAAUAAUAAUGUUGGAAAAGAUAAGAAUAGAAAUAAGAAAAAUAAGACAAUUAGAAAGUUAAAAGAAGAAGUAGAGGAAGAAGAUGAAGAUGAAGAAAAGGAUGAAGAAGAAGAAGAAGAGAAUGAAGAAGAAGAUGAUCAAGUUAGAUCUAAACAAUCAAAGAAAGAUAAAUUAAAACAAAAGAUGUUGGAAAAGAAUUCAUCGGAAUUGGAUUUCAACAAUGAUAUUUGGCCGGAAUCAUAUCAACAACAGAAACAACAAAAUGCAGUAAAUAGAGAACAAGAGAUAGUAGAUGAUAUAGAGAAUCAAUUAGACAAUAUAGAUUUUGAAGAGAAUCAAGAUAAUGAUGAUGAUGCAUUUGAAGUAGAUGAUAUUGAUGAGGAUGAAGAAGGUGAAGAGGAUGAGGAUGAAGAUGACGAUGAUGUAAAGGAACAGAAAUUCAUUCAAGCCUAUUGGAAAUAUAUGAGUCAACUUGAGAAGGUACAGACCGAAGGCAAAAUACCAAGACAUCCUCCACCCAACGUACAGAUCCCAGCACUGACCAAAGAACAAAAGGAAUUCGAAAAAGAGAUCAGAGAGAAGCUGACAUUCUUGGAUUUCGCCCCACUCAUUUUCACAUCAGCCAAGACCGGUUUUUGUGUACCAACUGCUUUGGAUAUGGCAAUUAAAGUAUUCUUUGAAAGAGAAAAAAGAUUGAAAAUUAGAGAAUUAAUGGAUAUUAUUAAACAAGCAACAUUCAAACACAAGCUACCAAGAAAAGGAAAGAGUAGUUUGAAAAUCAAAUUUGCAUCCCAAUCGAAAGGAUUCCCUCCAAGUUUUGUAUUCUUUGUAAAUGAUCCAGAGAAAGUACAACCCUCAUUCAUUCGAUUUUUAUUGAACUCUAUUAGAGAAACCUAUCCUUUUGUUGGAACUCCAAUCAACAUCUUUUUCAGAAGGAACAAAAAAAGAGCUGCCUACAACAAAAAGAAAUAA